AUAAAAUUAGGGACCCCACGAAGCCAACUCCGUAGUUGCGAAUACAGCAGAGAAACAACAACUGCACCGUUUGGAACUGACAAGAGAGUAUAAUUCGGGAAAGUACUACUGUUGACCCAUUUCGCCAUGGGUAAACUGAAGGUCGAGGCUAGUGCGAAGACAGGCCCGGAGGACCCCCCUCCCUACCACUUGGAGCCACUCCCAACCAAGCUUGGUAUCCAGACUAACAUCGUGGUUCCAGAACCGGUGCCAGCUGGGUCUCCACCGGCCCAGGCCAGACGAUGCCCGAAGAAGUGGAAGACCAUCACCCUGGUUACCGUCUGUGUGGUGUUGGUGUUGGGACUGACCGUUCUCGGUGUGAUGCUGGGUAAGAAACACAUGAUGGCAGGGAAACCAGACUGCAGCGAGCGUGGGGACUCUGGGGAGACAGGGCAAGAGGAAGAGGACUCCGGCGACAUGACUGACAUGAGUGAGAUGGGCGGUAACCGCGUGAGGAGAAUCAUCAAGCUCCGGGCUAAGAAUCAUGCCUGGAAAUGUUCCAACCCGGGGCCCGACUAAAUGUGGCUUGAAAGAAUCUCUACAUGCUUUAGUCUGUAGAGUGUAGACCUAGUUUAUUUGGGGUUAUGUAACAAGGAUUUUUGUUUAGUGUUGUUGUUUUGAAUGUAGGGAUUAUGGAGGAAUGCGAAGGAUUAGCGGUUUUAAAAAGAAAGUAUAAUAUAGUUUAUUGCAAAUUCUUGCCCGAGGGCUAAUUGCAGGUAACAUAAAAAGGGACAAAGAAACAGAUAGUGUAGAACAGUAUAAAAUGUGUCUACUCUAGUCUAAAAGCU